AUGACUUCCCCCAAGACUGACGGCGACCUCCGUCAUCCGGUGCCCGAUCUCCAAUCGCUGCAAGGGGCAUAUGUCGGCAACAUCGAACGCCUGGAAGAGCAUGCCGAACGCAUGAGCGAGUCCGGCUCAGACCUGCAGGAGGAGAUUCGGAAGACAUACUCGGAACUAAAGCUGACUGACAGCCGGCGAUCGUCAUUGCAGACGACCGACCUCGAGCCUACGAGACAGGCCAGCACCCGAAGUCGCGGCGUUUCGAUAAGCUCCCACGCCAAUUCAAUCGUAGACCUCAACGGGAAUGCACGAUGGGGCGGAUACUCUCCGGGCGGUUACAUAACCUCUCCUGCAGGGUCGCUGCGCUCAGGGACAGGCAACUGGUCCAAACCCUCGACUUCGGUCCAGCGCCAGCGCUCGGAAUCAAAGGCAUCGCGUCUCGGACAGAUUGUACACCCAGAGGAGGUCGAGGAGGAACACAAUGAAGAGCGCGACUCUGCUUCGCCGCCCCAACGGAAGGUUUCGUCCUUUACACGCAUAUUCGACGAAGUCGCGAAUGGGUUACCUGAAGAGCUGCGUAACAGUAUCCAUAUAGGCACCCCACCUAGACGCCCGGAGCCAGACGAGGAGUUGCAGAACCAAUAUGCAGACUACCGCGAUUUCGUAGACCGACCGCCGACAGCAGCCUCGACCGACACCACACACCAAGCACGCGCACCGCCGCCGGACGAUAGCAUGGUCUUCUACCCGGCUCCCGUACCGAAGAUGCUGAACCUACCCAAGCGCCUGUCACAAUUGCCUAAUAUGAGUCAGCAAGCCAAUCGUCGGUCGCGAUUGUUGGAUUCCAUGCAAAACGAGCAUAGGAAAUCCAUGCCAUUGCUUGGUGAUAAUCUGGCAGACCCGAAGCCUAACAACAGGAAGAGCCGGCAGAGUCUCAUGGCGCUCCCACCGCAACUACGAGCAAGCGCCUACUUUGACAACCGAGCUGCCCCCACACAGGAGUUUGCGGUCAAGGGAGAGUCUGCGGAGGAUACGCUCGAAAGCAUCCUGGACGCUUCUGCACAUGCUCCUGUGUCUGCAUUCACUGAUCAUCCAUUUGCUGGACAUGUCGGCGACGAGGUGUACGGUGCGGAACGCAAGCGCAGGAGUUCCAAAUUACCGGAGAUGCCACCGACACUGGCAGAGACGCGAAGACGCAGCUCGUUCAACAUACUGGAUACUGACCACAACGCAAAGGGCGAGCGCCUGAAGAAGUUGAAGAAACGGAACAGCUCGGCUGAUAUGAAUCUACUACUUGUCAAAGCAAGCGAGAGCAGGAUGAGCCUCGGUGACCAAUUAGAGGAGCGUGAUGAGGACGCACGAGGACCGGAUGGACGUGAUCCCGAUGCUAUUCGACCUUCAUUUGAAGAACACACCGAAGACCAUUAUGAAGAAGGAGAAGAAGAAGAAUCGAGCGAAGAGGAAGGGGAGCCAGAACCACAAUACGGCGCGCCGACUACUCUUCUCGCUGAGCUUCAGCUACGCAAGGCGAAACAGCAGGGUCGGAAGAUGAACUACGUGACACUGAUGGAGCAGGGGUUGAUUGACGGUAGACAAACCCUGCUCCAGAUGAACGACGUGGCGGAAGCCGAGAAGCAACGACGAAUCCGCAAAAAAGUAAACCUUGCCUGGGAAGCUCCGCCGGAAGAAGACUCAGAUGACGACGUACCACUUGGUGUUCUCUACAGACCUCAACAGCAACAGCAAAUGCGUCAAAAGAGCAUGGGUCUUAUCGAGCAGCGAGAGUUGGAGGACCGCGAACCCCUCAGUAGCCGUCGCACCAGGCUACUCGGCAUUGACCCUAAUCAACGACGCACACAGUACCUUGGAGCCUCAUCAAGCCAGCUCAACCUUCCUACCAUCACAACGCCGGAACCAGACUCGGAUGAGGAGCCUGGCGAGACGCUGGCUGACCGUAUGCGCCGCAUCAAGGAGAAGCAACAGCGUGAAUCAGCACUUGGCGAUGUGCGCAAGAGCACAGUCAGCGAUGACUUCGCCUCCGAGAUGAUGAGCAAGUUCGGUGUUCCAGAAGGCCAGGAGCAAUCCAAAGACACUCCUCCAGCACCCCCUCCCGCUGCCGACGACGAAGAGGAAGAAGAGACCCUCGGCCAACGUCGCGCUCGCCUGCAAGCCGAAGCCGCCUUGCGAGGCGAACAAGCCCCCCAAUCCGGCCACCGACCCAACCUCCGUUCCUCCAGCAGUCUCGCGGACAUCCUCUCCGCCAACCCCAUCGACCCGCACAACCAAGCGCGCAAAGUCUCCAACGAAGCCCUUGUCUCGCACCUUCCACAAGGCAGCCUCCUCCACCAAAACGAGCUAGACCAAGGGCGCAAAAAGCAGCAACGUCUCACUGCAACCAUGCGCGCCACAUCCUACGGCUCCAUGGACCCACUUCUGAAGAACAUGACCAACAACCAAAAAGACGACGACGACAUCCCGCUCGGCCAGAAAAUCCAAGCCUACAAGAACGCUCAGAACCCCAUGAUGAUGGCCAACCAGCAAAGAAUGAGCGCCAUGCCGCCCCAGCAAGGUAUGAUGGGCAUGCAAAUGCCAGGCAUGAUGAACGGUAUGGGACAGCACCAGUCCAUGAUGGGUAUGCCGAUGCAGAUGGGCAUGCAGCAGCCUGGCAUGAUGCAACAGGGUGGCAUGAUGGGUAUGGGAUCGCAGAUGAAUGGCAUGGGCAUGCAGAUGAACGGUAUGGGCAUGCAGAUGCCGAUGCAGAUGGGCGGGAUGCAGAUGAACGGUAUGCAAAUGGGUGGGAUGCAGAUGGGCGGGAUGGGUAUGAAUGGCAUGCAGAUGCCGAUGGGGAUGAAUGGGAUGAUGCAUGGGGGGAUGAUGGAGCCGCCCAUGGAUCCCAGACAGAGGGAUCAGAUUGAUCGGUGGAUGCAGGGGGUUAGGCAUUAG